AGGUGUCACUUCACUCACCUCCUGAUCAACGAUGGAUCUGCAAAUCUCAGCUUUUCUUCUGUUCCUUCUGUUCACUGCAGGACACUCUCUCAGCUGUUAUGAGUGCUCAGGUCUGUUGGGCUCUUGUGCAAGUCAAAAUGUAAAAACAUGUCCCAGUGGACGUUCGAAGUGCAUGAGUUCAACAACGGUAGUAAAUGUUGUUGGCAGUGGUACUAAAGUGAAAGCUAAAGACUGUAUUGCUGACUGUGUAAGUGGAUCCAUGAACAUCGGUGUUGGAAAGACAUCAUUUGCGUGCUGUAACACAGACCGGUGCAACUUCCAAGACGCUCCAGAUCCCUCUAUUGUCCCCAACGGAAAGAUGUGUUACUCCUGUGAUGACAAGAGCUGCUCAAACAUAUUGAAGUGUUCAGGGAGUGAAGACCGCUGCUUUAAAGCCUCAGGGACUUUAGGUGGCCAGUCAACAGUUGUAAAAGGCUGUGUCUCUAAAUCUAUCUGUGAUGCUGAAACAUCGGUUAGAGAUAUUCAGGAAGCCUCGUGUUGUUCAGGGAAUCUGUGUAACGGUGCUCAGAGCGUCUCUCAGAGCUUCCUGUUCCUCUGCUGUUCUCUGCUCUCCUUCAUCCUCCUGCACUGAAUCCAGCAGAUCUUCACAUC